AUGAUUGAUCGUUUCCUGCGAGGCUAUGGCAUCAAGGGGUGUGCUUUGAAGUGGCUUGAUUCGUACCUGGAUAAUCGCAAACAGCACGUCGUUGUGAAUGACUCUAUUUCCAGACCAUUUCCCCUGCCCUGGGGUGUUCCUCAAGGGUCUGUCCUAGGUCCACUGGAGUUCAUCCUGUAUACUGGUCCGUUGAGUGCGGUCAUCUCUUCCCAUCGGGACAUUCAUCAUGUCAUGUACGCCGACGACACCCAGUUGUAUGCGACCAUGACAUCCAAAGAUCACGUAGGCUCUAUGCAUAAACUGAGCGAGUGCGUCUCCGAUGUCAUGUCCUGGUCUUCUUCAAAUAAACUCAAGUUAAAUCAAUCUAAGACUGAGGUACUACAUAUCACCUCGCAGUUUAGAAGUUCUUGCAGUCUGCCGUGCUUGGAUGCUGCUGGCGUUGAAAUCGUACCUUCAAAAGUAGUUCGUAACCUCGGCGUCACUGUUGAUGAUGUAUUGAAUAUGAAGCAACACAUCAGGAAUACUUGUCGGACGGCUGCCUUUGGUGACGGUUAUCUUGGAUGCUUUGUGGACCGAACGAAUGAUCGAGUUUUUCCCGGUGAUAGUUCAGUUGCCGAUCCAAAGAUGACUAUUUCCUAUUGCAUCCAGUUUUGUGUGGAGUCAACCACAGCUAACUAUAUAUUCGCUGGUGUUGAAAAUGGAAAUGAAUGUUACUGUGGUGAAGCGAGUGAUAGCUAUACUAGACAUGGAGUGAGAUCAGAUGCUAACUGUCAGGUCCCAUGUUCAGGAGACCCUACCGAUAGCUGUGGCGGGUCAGGACACAUAGCUGUCUUCACAACUCUCACACCGGUCACGAUAACAAAUGACGGAAACAAACCUGCAACAUCAUCACCAUCAACGACAUCUAUUGCACCUCAAACAACGUCUGCCUUUCCUCUGACUGGAAAUAACACAGAUUUAUAUGCAGGGAUUGAUGGAGGUGUGGCUGCAUUAAUCAUCAUCGUAAUCAUCAUUGUCAUCAUCUUCUUCAUGGGGAGAAGGUCCCGGAAGAGACGAAAGGACCCCACUUCCUCACAGAGGAUGUCUUUGGCUACAGCCAGCACGCCUACAGGAGCCAAUGGCCUUGGUAUCAGCAACGCAGCACUUGAAGAGCCGUCGGCUGAAGGAGGUUCCCAGCUUGGGUUACAAGCUUCAAAUAAUGCUGCGGCCCCUGUUCCUACUGCUUCCGGAGGAGACAAGAGUGGACUUCUUGUAAAUUUGAAUCCUACCAAGUCAAUGAAUAUCUACGGGGGAAUCGAUGAUGAAGUGCUAGGCGAUGGAAUGAAGCCCUACGCUUCAUUUGACACCGCUGCCACCGUGCAGAACAACAACGGCCGAUUAAGCGUAGUUUACGCCAUGCCCGACAAGAAUGGAAAUGAACCACGGAACGACUACGAAGGAAUAACCAAUGAAAUGGCACCGUAUGUUUCUGUUGACAAUGUAAGUCCGAUGCGCCCCCGAACCAUGCCGAACAAGAACGACAGGCUGAGCGUAGUUUACGCCUCGCCCGAUAAGAAUGGAAAUGGAUCUCGGAAUGACACUUCGGAAGACUUCGGCUCUCUCUAUGCAAUACCCGAUAGGCCCCGAGGACAGCCGGAUGGGAACGAUGAUGGCAUAGUGCAUGGUCUUUAUGCUAAAGCUGACGAAUCGUCUUCUGGAGAUCAAUAUGAGCCGGAUAUGGUUGAAAAUGAGAUCUAUACCGUUUGAGAGACGCCGUUUUAACAACGAAACAAAUAAAAUAAAGAAUAGAUGAUUGUUGUUUUAUGUGUUAACGAUAUCUGUUGAUUAGAUAUCAUAUUAGUGGGAAUUUCGAUGUAACCAAAAAGUUAGUUAAAACGGAAUUUUGAACCUUGAAAAUGCUGCUGUAUUCACUGAAAAGAUACUCAAAUGGUGAGAUAAGA